UCAAGCUAGUUUAUCAAAACGGAAAUCAUCAAUGUUGAGUCUGAAUCCUAUAAUGAACAUGCCCGAAGUCACGCUGACCUUCAAGUGCGGCGUCAUGGCAACCGAUGGGACGGUCGACGCUAACAGCUACAAAUUCCUCACAUGGUCUUACGUCACAGGCAACACCACCACUGCCGACACAGCAUCUUUUAGCCACAUUUCGCUCGGCCAGAGAGUCCUGAACGUCUACCCUCAACUGGCCGAUGUACCCACACGUAUUGUCUACGUUGAUGAGGAGAACGAUAGGAUUGCCAUACCGUGUGAUAAUAUUAAAGAGACGUUGGCUGCCUUAAGAGUCAUAACACAUGGCCAUUUGGAUGACCAAGAGAGUCCCAUACGGAUAUUUAUCCAAACGACAAGGCCAUCCAUUACGGGUAAUUGUCAGGGCAAUCCUCAUCGCCAUUUGAUUUGUUCAAGCUGCAAGAAUCCGCUUGUUGGCUUCGUGUACAAAUGUCUCGAUUGCGAUGGUGAUUUCACUCUGUGCGGCCAGUGCGACACCGCCGGUAAACAUCCGGAACACGUAUUUAUCCGUUUCGCCGGAGAUCAGCCUAUUUGCUUGCCGGAGAUGAAGCAGCUGCUAAGCAAACAGAAUGAAAGUUCAGCUUUCGAGUCGACUAAAAUCAAGUUGAAGACGUGUACGUUGCGAGUAAUGUGACGUAUUCGCUUUAUAAAUGCUUAUUCACAUUUCCUUUAAUUUUUUAACAAUUUCAAUACUCAUAGAUGUAUAACUCUCAAG